AUGAAAGCAAUCCAAUCUGCCUACAUUAUCGCCACAUUCCAUGCAAGAGUGCUGUCUGCGGGCAGCAUUGGUUGGUCUUUCCGCUGUGAUGGGUACACAGAAGGAAGAGUAAAAGAAGACCGUGUCUGUUUGCGUGCGUCACUAUUACGUGACCAGUUCCUCGAACGCCCCACACUAGACCCAGUGCCCCCCACCGCAUCCCUCCCAAACGACGUCGUCCUCCCCUCCGCAUUCGGCAAGUUCCUCCGCCAGCGCCGCCACGACCUGUCGUCAGCAAUCUCGCGCGGGAUCUCCACGCUGAAGCACCAAGACGAUGGCGCUUCGAAGAACAACGGCGUGACGGAGUUCAACCUCUCGGGACUGAAGGUCUUCGUUACGAUCAGAAACGAGGCGUCGUCCCCGCAGCGGCGGAUCAGCUUCUUCUCGCGCUCGAAUUGCAGAGAGUGCGGCGCGGUGCGGAGGUUCUUCAGAGAGCGCGCGCUGAGGUUUGUGGAGAUAAAUGUGGACGUGUUCGUGGAGCGGGAGAAGGAGUUGAGGGAGAGAACGGGGAGCGCGACGGUGCCGAAGAUUUUCUUCGGCGACAGACUGAUCGGAGGUCUGGUGGAGUUGAACGUGCUGCGGAAGGAUGGCGGCGAGGAGUUAGAGAGGAGGCUGAGGGAGGCGAAAGGGGAGGGGCCGGCAGCGCCGGCGUAUGGAUUCGACGAGGCGGUGGAGGAAGCGGAGGAUGAGGAGGUUUGGAAGGUGGUUAGGGUUUUGAGACAGAGGUUGCCAAUUCAGGAUAGGGUGAUGAAGAUUAAAAUUGUGAGGAAUUGUUUCGCCGGGAGCGAGUUGGUGGAGCUUCUUGUUCGCCACCAUGGCUACGCUCCUUCCAAGGCUGUUGAGAUUGGAAAACAGCUAUGCAAGAAGCAUUUCAUCCAUCAUGUUUUCGGGGAAAUUGAUUUUGAGGAGGGAAACCACUUAUAUAGGUUCAUUGAGCACGAACCCUUUAUCUCCAAAUGCUUUAACUUCCGCGGUGUCACAAGUGAUAGUGAACCGAAGGCUGCAGCUGCAGUGUGUGAUAGGCUCACCAAGAUCAUGUGUGCCAUUCUUGAGUCUUAUGCUUCUGAAGACAGGCAACGUGUUGAUUAUGUGACCAUUAGCAAAAGUGAAGAAUUUCGUAGGUAUGUAAACAUGACCCAAGAUCUACAGAGGGUGAAUCUCUUGGAACUAUCAGAAAACGAGACGCUUGCCUUCUUCUUAAAUUUGUACAAUGCCAUGAUCGUCCAUGCUAUCAUUAGAGUAGGGUGUCAAGAAGGUGUAAUUAACAGGAGAUCCUUCUCUGAUUUCCAGUACUUGAUUGGAGGGCACCCUUUUUCUCUUAGUACUAUAAAAAAUGGUAUCCUCAGAAGCAAUAGGAGGUCACCAUACUCCUUAAUCAAACCCUUUGGCUCAGGAGACAGGCGCUUAGAGCUUUCUCUUGUCAAACUGAAUCCGUUAGUUCACUUUGGCCUUUGUAAUGGCACGAAGUCGAGCCCAAAGGUGAGGUUUUUCUCACCCUACAGAGUUGCAGAAGAAUUGAGAUGUGCAGCUAGAGAGUUUUUUGAGAAUGACGGAAUUGAAGUGGACUUGGAGAAGAGGACAAUUCAUCUCACUCCAAUUUUCAAGUGGUACUCUGGGGAUUUCGGACAAGAGAGAAACAUACUGAAGUGGAUAAUAAAUUACUUGGAUGCAAAUAAAGCAGGUCUUUUGACACAUCUCUUAGGUGAUGGUGGUCGUGUUGAUAUCUGCUACAUGACUUAUGAUUGGUCAAUAAAUUCCUGA